GGAUGGUUCGGGAUGGUUCGAUUGCAUUUCGACUUCUGUUUCUCCGAUCGUGAUUUAUUUUAUUAUGCUCAAUAAAACUCGUCUAAAAUAUUAUGUUUAAGUAAAAUAACAAGUAAAAUAACAGUUUAUUUCCCUUUCUAAUAAUUAUUAUUAUUGCCGGCAGAGUUUUGAGCCACCCUGUACCGACAGUUCUUACCUCCAGCAGUAUAAACGCUCAUUUAUCAAAACAUUCCUCGGUGCGGUGAAACUCGUCCAACUUUUUGUCGUAAAUUGUGAUACAAAUGUGCUUUCAACGACUAAUUUAGCAUUUUAAUUGGAAUCCAAACUUCCUAAAGAUCAUCUAGAAAUUACCAUUUCGAGGAAUAAAGUGUCGAUUCACCACAUUCCUCGAUGCAUCAAAAUCUCGCCGCUCGCUGUGCUGAUGAGUCAUAGCCACACGCAGGCAGAACAAGGAAAGCAACACAGGAACAGCAAGUUGCAGACGAACGCCCAGUAGCCAGAAUGGCCGAAUCCGGAAUAGAAUCUCCGGCCGCCCCGGAAUGGUUGCUGAAGCUGGAAAGUCGCCGUGAACAGAUCAAGGCCAAGCUGAGCCACGAAAGCGGGAAUGGAGCACCGUGCAACGUUUGUGGAAGCUCCUGUCCCGGCCUGGAUUUACACUUUUGGCGUAAAAUCUGUCGCAACUGCAAGUGCCGCAAGGAGCAGCACGACUGCAUCGACGACGAUGUGAGCGGAUGGGCACAGUUUGAAAUCUUGGGCGCAAUCCGAUCCAAGCCGGCAUAUAUUCGCAUCUCCGAGCUUACCACCGAUAAGCCGGUGCAGCUGGCCUGGGUCCCACCGAACGUAACGCCCGAGCUGGCCUCGGACUACAUGCGGACGCUUGGCGAGCAGAACAUCCCGAUCGUGGGCAGCGAGGCGGCCGAGAAGCGCAAACAGCAGCUCGAGUAUCAAGUGCCCGCGCACGAUCUCGACACGAACCUGUGCCAUAACUUGACGCCGUACGAGGCCGGCCAACUGAGCGAUUACGUGGAGAAGAUCAAAACGCACUGCGUCGGGCAGGGCACGGUGGUGCGCGUCGGUGGCGAUACGGCUGGCCUGGUGCAGUACGGCACGGUCGUGCAGCAGCCGGCGCAAAGCAUUGGUGGAACGGCUCCGGCCAGCAGUGCGCCGGCCGACAUCGCAAACGGAACGAAGCGACCGGACUACAUGGAAAGUCCGGUGCUGUCGGACAAGAUGAAGUACAAGCUGAAUCUGAUGGGCAUCGGCAGCUCGGAAAUGGUGGCGCAAGCCAUGCUGUACGAUCCCGCCACCGUGCUCAGUGGAGUGGACCAGAGCGUACCGGAAGCGAUCGUGAAAUUCCACCAGGAGUAUCAAGCGAAUCCGAAGUUUCGCGCCGAAAUGGAUCACUUUGUGGAUCGGCUAAAGUUCCCGACCGCCCAUCAAGCCGCGUACAGUGAACCGGUGCCAUAUGGUGAAGGCGGUGCCACGCUUGUGCCGUCCGGAAGUAACGAUUCCGGGUUCGGGUCCAUCCCCGUUAGUCCAUCGCACGCCCAGCUGCUCGGACCGAUGGAAGCGUUGGCACUGGGCGGUGGUGGCGAGCAACGCGGUAUGCCACAGGCACAGCAAGCUAUACGGGAUGCGGUUGCCAUGACGGCGCACCACUGUACCGGCUGUACGCAACCGAUCGCGGUCGGCGAGGUCGCGGUAAAGGUGGAUCGAGCAAGCAGCAGCGACCGGUCGAUCUGGCACCCGCAGUGCUUCAAGUGCAACCGGUGCGGAGAGCUGUUGGCCGAUCUGGUGUACUUCUAUCACGGUGGGGCCGUUUACUGUGGGCGUGAUUUGGCGGCAAUGCUGAAAAUACCGCGCUGUGCCGCGUGCGACGAGCUGAUCUUCACGAAGGAGUACACGGCGGCCGAGGGGGCCACGUUCCAUGUGCGCCACUUCUGCUGCUACCACUGCGAUGGACCGCUGGCCGGGCAGCAGUACGUGAUGGACGAGCGGUCGGCUCAGCCGCUGUGUUUGCCGUGCUACAAGGGCCACUACGCGCAAACGUGCGCCACGUGCAAGCGGUGCAUCGGGCCGACGGAGCAGGGCGUCGGCUGGGACAAGAUCCACUGGCACAAGGAGUGUUUUCUGUGCAGUGGCAAACGCUGCCAAAAGUCGCUGAUCGGCGGGCGGUUCUGUGUGAAGGCGAACCGGCCGUACUGUAGCGCACAGUGCACGAAGGAUAUUUAACGCACGCACGGAAAGGGGUGAAGCGAUGCCAUAGUAAGGGGGCAGUGUGAGUAUUUUAAAUCUUCCUCCCGAUAGUAGUAAUAGUAAUAGGCAGAUUGGAAAGAUGCAUUUAACAAAGUCGAUCACUCGCAGGCUAGUCGAAAAGAUACGGUAUACGGUAUUUUGGGAGGUUUAAAAAAAGGGAAAUUUUUGAAAUUUUGAAUUUUAUUUUACAGAGGUUUUCAGGGAGUUCUCAUAGUUGUGGGACACUUCCUUGACUCUUUCCUUUCCUCUUUCCUUUGGAAGUGAACUUCAUAAGUUGGAAAUUGGACUCGAUGGCACGCUUUUUGGACAGACUCCUUCGAAAUUCCAAUUGGAUUUGUGCAACAAAGGUGCUAUAGAGUCCAAUUCCCAUUACAUUUAGUUCAUUUCACGUAUGAAAGAGUCAAUAAAAUGUCCCACAGCUAUGAGAACUCCUGGAAAACCCUGUAAAUUACAAAAUAGGCAGCUUUAUCCACAAGGGAAAGGGAUAUAGUAUUUUGGGCUUGUAAUCUAGGGCUAAGAAAAACAGGAAUUGAAAGACACUCGCACGUGCCUGAAGAGGAAGUUUUGAUUUUCGGCCAAAAAAUUGUCACAAUUAUCCAUAUACGUAUUUACCAUAAACAUAUAUUUUUGAUACAAGAUAUACGUGCAUGCACUCCAUUUAUCUCGAUAGCUGAUAAGUAUUACAACAACAAAAGGAUAGUUAAGUGACCUGCAGAACUUUGAAUGUGUAGGGAGAAGGUGCGUAAAGUAUAAUCACUCCAAGAAUCUUUAAAUGCAUUUUUAAAUACAAUAGAGUUAAAUCGAAUAGUGCCUAAUCACGAAGCCACGAAUCCACAAUUUUUAAACCAUGCCAACCGAACAAAUAUAGUACAACGUGUGUGUGUGUGUUUUUUACGAUAAAAAGGUAACUAUUUUGGUGCCGAACUUGGGAACAAGAAUUGAACUAUUGCGCUACAGUAUUAUCUUCAUAUUGCUUAAAUAAAUCCAAACGAAGUGGGAAACACUUAAA